AUGGCAGAGGAAAGGGACAUCUAUAGUGAACUGGCUUCGCGUCAAAACGAAUCAACGCCUGACGAGCACCAGCCGCCGCCGCACUUCGACAGUUUCAGCUUCCAGCAUCAUGUCUUUGAGGACGCAGAAUUCUGGCCACUAUAUGGAGACUUCUUCGACAUCCCAGGAAUCACACCCACCCCACCUAUUUCAUCUAUUCUGUCUCCCUUAAGAAGCCCCGCGGCGAUUGAUCAGGACUAUGAAUCGCUCCAAACCCCGGCUUCACAUGUCCAAGAUACAACGUCUCCAGCAGAUCCCGAAAGUGUCGCCGCAAACAAUUAUGGCUUCGGCGAUUGGCUUUCGGUCUGCUCGGGUCCGGCAGUCGAUUGGAUGCGCCAAAAAACUAGAUCGGAAGAGUUUGACCAGAUCGCUGUCGGAUUGAAAGCUAUUUGGGCCCAGCAGUUGAAACUCGAUCCUGCUCCACCGGCGUCCAGAUGCGAGGAGCCCAAACCACAUCUGGCGUGGACGUAUUGCAAUGCCUACUUCGAGCACUCGGUUGGCAAUUUGUGGGAAAUGGUGUACCGACCUAGUUUCGAACGACACCUGCGAGCUCAUUUCUCGGGUCAAAUACAUUACCAUGAUCCGACCUGGUACGCUCUUCGAAACGUGAUUUAUGCAGCUGGCUGUCGCAUCUAUCGUUCCGAGUUUUCAGCUGUCAACUCGUUAGACAUCCAGAGGGAGUGUCAGGGCUACUUUGCGAAUGCUCUUUCCGUCCAUAGCGAGCUAUUGCUCACUAAGCCAACACUGCGUUCUGUUAGAGCUCUCUUAAUCAUGACACUUCUCGCAGAAAGUCUAUCAGCCACAGCGCUGAGUUCUGGCUUGAUAUCCAAUGCCGCUCUCCAUGCCCUUUCGCUCGGCCUCCACCGGAAUAGGGGUGGCGCCGGUAUGCAUGACGACUCCGAAUCUCUCCAGCGAGGAUGGCUCUUCUGGGCGGUGUACUGUGCCGAGAAACACAUUGCACAACGAUUAUGCAAGCCCUCGGUAAUCAACGACGAUGAUAUCACCUGCGACAUCCCCACGACAGUCUACCCUGGAAGUAGGAUUGAUGUCGAAAUGUUCACCUAUACUAUUGAAACCUGUCGGCUAUAUGAUCAAGUCAACAAGCAGCUCAUCGCCAUACGUGCACACCACGAACCUCCUGCGAAGAUGCUGACUUUUGUGAGGCAAUUUGACCUACAACUCCGAACGUGGAAAGAGUCGAUGCCCUCACAGCUACGACCCACAGAAUUUUUGAGACAGUUCACAAUGCCUGGAACCCUGAGAUUGUUGGGAUUGAUGUCAGUCCACAGCUCCUUCUAUGACCUUCUAAUGGUCACUCACUCUAUUUUCAUGUAUCCAUGGGUCGUUUCGUCAUUUUCUAGUGACGGAGAUCCGAACUUUGCCUGCAAGCUCAAUGCUCAGAUAAUGACCAGUUCGCAUCUCGUCGCCAAUGCCGCCCGAAGUCUUAUCGUCAUGACUAGGAGCUUGGAUAUGGACACUAUCGGCAUACAAAAGUUCACUUUGCAUCUGCCCAUGCGUGCCUUCAUGAAUCUCUUCAUUUACGUGAUCGACAAUCCGUGCUUGCCCACGGUUCAGUCAGAUCUCGCGCUUCUCGACAUUGCAGCAGGCUAUUUUGGGCAGAUGGAGUUCGUUACCGGCUCCAAAUUCAGCUGUUCUUUUGCUCGGAAUGUCGCAGCGCUCGCUCGCAACGUGGCCGACCACGCCCGAUUGGUAGCUCCUGAACCUCCUAUUCAAGUCCCGCACGACAUCGGAAUAAACUAUUCCGGAGUGGCAAAUGCUGUGAGCUCUGAUGAAACUGACAUGCAGUCCACGCACGUACUGAUGACACUGUAG